UCUGGACUUCUUCGUGCUUCUAUUUUAUUUUGUGCAAUUCAUUUUCUGAAAUGAUAUUCUAUUUUUACUGUUUUGAAAUUGUUCAUCUGGUUUGGCAAGUUAUGGAAAAUCUGUUGGGUACAACAAAUUCGAAAACAACAAUCAACACGGUGUGCCGCCGUGUUCCCGCGAUUGAAAUGUUAUCAUCUUCAAUUUUUAUCAAGGGCGCAAUUCCAACAGUAGCCGGUGAUCGGAGAAACUGCCCCCAAAUUCCUAUCAUUCGAGCUGGUUCAUUAGCCUCCGCUAAAUAUGAUAACGAUACCAAUGAACACUAUUUCUGCAGGAAGUCGGCUAAUUACUGGGACAAGUUCUACAAGCGCCAUAAGAACAAGUUUUUCAAGAACAGGCACUACCUGGAGAAGGACUGGGGCAAUUAUUUUUCGGUUACGGAUGAUGAUGUUAAUGCGAAGGUUCUUUUAGAGGUGGGCUGUGGAGCUGGGAACAGUCUCUUUCCCCUCAUUGCUGCAUAUCCUAAACUCUUUGUUCAUGCUUGUGAUUUUUCCCUCCAGGCUGUAACUCUUGUUAAGUCGCAUUCAAAUUUCAGUGAAGCCCAAAUAAAUGUAUUCCUCUGUGAUGUUGCAAAUGAUGACCUCACUGAGAAAGUUCUUCCAUCCUCUGUUGAUGUUGUUACCUUGAUUUUUAUGUUGUCUGCAGUUUCUCCGAAUAAGAUGCUUUCAGUGGUACAAAACCUUAAGGAUGUACUAAAGCCAAAUGGUCACAUUCUUUUCAGAGAUUAUGCUGUUGGAGAUUCUGCUCAAGCGAAAUUAGAGAACAAGAACCAGAUGAUCAGUGAUAAUUUUUAUUUUAGAGGGGAUGGCACGUGCUCGUUUUAUUUCUCCGAGGAUUUCUUGUCCAGUUUGUUCAUAAGAGCUGGCUUUAACAUUGUGGAUAUGAACACAUACUGCAGACAAAUGGAGAAUCGUUUUCAUAAUAUUUCAGUUCAGCGCCGUUGGAUUCGUGCCAUUUUCAGCAAGCCAUGAUCACAAGCUUCCUUAUUCCGUUCUUAUAUGAAUGGAGACCAGAUUGGCAGCUAGCUAACUACUGAAAGCACGAGGUUAUUACAAGUAGUCAUUUGUUACAUUAUUUGGUCGUCACUCCAUGUAUCAUUUGACAAAUAAUUGAUAUUUUUUCCUUUGUCCUAGUCGUCGUCUUCGUCGACACGAGCCUGCUUUUUCAGGUGCUUACUCCUGGAACAUGCCUAGAAUUGGCUCAUUUUGCGGUUUCGCGUGAACGAACCUCAGAUGGUUCUUUUAUUUGUGGUCAUUUGUACCCUUGAAUGGACUAAUUCUUUUUGUAAUUCAUAAUGCAAAUUCUCUUGUUUGUUUUGUCUUUUCUAAAAUUACCCAAAAGUGUGUUUAUACUGACAUUAUAAUUUUACUUAUAAUCAUAUUUGUGUAAAUUGUAAUC